UCGGCUCAGAGUUAUAGGACGUGCUUUGAAUUGUGAGCCGCACAACAGAUGAACCAAAAGAGCGAAAAACCCGCAUAGCACUGCAGACAACUUACCACAGCAGGCCAACUACACCCCACCUUACUGUACAUCGGCUUUAAAACAGAUAAAAUGCCUUCUCCUAAAUCUAAAAACCCGGUUCGCGGCGGCGGAAGCCCGGUGCUCGGCAGCUCCAACGGCCGCUACGACUUCAUGUCUCUGACGAAGCCGCUGAACCGGUCCUCCCCGCCGCACCAGAGGCAGGGCUCCGACCCCACCACCGCCCGCCUCAGAGCCUCGGAGAGCCCCACUCGGCGCCGGGGAUCCAGCUCCUCCACCGGUAGCGGUCAGGGGCUUCCAGAGGAGGACGGCUUGCGGCUCAAUCCCUCUUUCAUCCGCGUAGCGCUCAGCUCCCUGCUCGCCAUCGACCUGUGGAUGUCCAAGCAGAUGGGGGUGUGUGCCUGCGAGGACUCGUCUUGGGGCAGUGUGCGACCCUUAAUGAAGCUCAUAGAGAUAUCCGGACAUGGCAUCCCCUGGCUGGCCGGUACCGCCUACUGUCUGUACAAAAGUGACAGUGCCACAGGACAAGAAGUCAUGCUCAACCUUUUCAUGGGCCUGCUGUUGGACCUGGUGCUGGUGACCAUCGUUAAGGCCGUGGUGCGCCGGCGUCGUCCAUCACAUAACCGCAUGGACAUGUUUGCCACCUUUUCCGUGGACCGAUACUCCUUCCCUUCAGGCCAUGCCACGCGUGCCGCCAUGUGUGGGCGGUUCCUACUGGCUCACCUGGUGCUGGCCGCUCCGCUGAGGGUCCUCGUCCUGCUGUGGGCCGCCCUGGUGGGGCUGAGCCGGGUGCUGCUGGGCAGGCACAAUGUGACUGACGUGAUGUUUGGGUUCUGGAUGGGAUAUGUCCAGUACAACCUUGUAGAGAUGUUGUGGCUCUCACCUCAAACCCUGCAAGGCCUGCUGGGACAGUUGGCCUAAUGUUAAGGAUUGAAGGAGGAGACGCGGUGGUUUGAUUCUUCAUUGCCAGAGCACCUGCACACUUUUGGUCUCUUUUAGACUGAUGCAUAAGAGAAAUUGUCUAGACUAGAGAAGCGUGCUAUCAAACACACCUUUGUUCUGCUGUUAUGUGACACUUCAGACGCUCACUGUCAGCAUUCCCUUUUCAGGUUGCAAUGCCUGUAACAAAAAGAACAGGAUUUUAAACCAGAAAAGCAAGAGAGACAGAUGUGUCCACCUGAAGCCACCUUUCUCCCCAUAAUUGGUCUAAAUCAGUGGAAAUUAUGUAAACUGCAAGCAUGCUUUUGUUGCUUAGGGUGUUUUAAUCUAAGUCUGAGCUUUCCCUUUUAGGAUCUGACUUAAGAUAUACCCUAUAAAGAACACCACAGAUAAGAGGUUAAAUAAUAAUAUGAAUCCCUGCUUUGGAAAAAGAAUGGCAAUAUACUUUUUACAUAAACCAAUCUUCUUUUAAUUAAUACAGAAGCAAACAGCAAUAAGAAGUCAAACUGUAUUAAAAACCGCAAUAUACAAGUAAAUGAUAAAUCUGUUGGAAAGUUUCUUGUUCUACUACUAAGCCCUGUCGCUGAGCCGUAGCAGUGUUCAAUCUGCGCAUUUCUUGUUCUACUACUGGGAAAGUUUCUUGUUCUACUACUAAGCCCUGUCGCUGAGCCGUAGCAGUGUUCAAUCUGCGCGUUUCUUGUUCUACUACUAAGCCCUGUCGCUGAGCCGUAGCAGUGUUCAAUCUGCGCAUUUCUUGUUCUACUACUUGGAAAGUUUCUUGUUCUACUACUAAGCCCUGUCGCUGAGCCGUAGCAGUGUUCAAUCUGCGCGUUUCUUGUUCUACUACUUGGAAAGUUUCUUGUUCUACUACUAAGCCCUGUCGCUGAGCCGUAGCAGUGUUCAAUCUGCGCAUUUCUUGUUCUACUACUUGGAAAGUUUCUUGUUCUACUACUAAGCCCUGUCGCUGAGCCGUAGCAGUGUUCAAUCUGCGCGUUUCUUGUUCUACUACUAAGCCCUGUCGCUGAGCCGUAGCAGUGUUCAAUCUGCGCACAAACUGUAAGAAAAAAACAACAACAAUUUUAUCACAUAUAUUUCACAGUGUGCAAAACGGUUGUAAAGCCUCUACUGUUAUUGCUCCGAUGUAAUGCGCUCUGCCCUCACGUCUUUGUUAAGGACAAUGAUGUAAGAUGGUAGAGCCAAUCUUAAAAUGAGCCAUAUCAUUUCCACACUCUGCAGUUUAUAGUUAAUGAUGUUGUUCACCUCGAGCAAAGCUCAAGUUUGCCACAAAGCCAACUUGCUUUAUAUCACAUCUGAUCACUUUAAUCUCACCAGUUUACUUAUUGACUCACAUUCUUAUUCCUCUGAAAGUUCCCUUGUAUCAUUAACCUCAUCCACAGCCUAUCACGUAUUGCUGUUUACUAAUCAACUCUGCUGGAUCACAAAUUACCAUAUGACACAUAUUAACAUUAUUACGUUUCAUGCAGUACAUAGUGAUAUCAAAAUGUAUCGAUGAUUAGCAUUUCUUGCACAAUCAUUAUUUUGUUUAAUCAACAUAACAUUUUAAAGGUAACAGCAUAUUGUUUAAUAACAAAAAAAAACAUUGGCCUGAUCUGUAAAGUUAAAAUGUCAUCAUUCUCCAACUCACAUUAUUCAAAGUAAGUGUGUAGGAUCCUUCUUUGCUAUACCACGAAAGUUUCAGAGUGAGGCUUUUGAGCGGUAAGAAAGUACAUACCAUAUCAUUACAUCUUUGUUUUAAAGUAAAGCAUAAUCUGCUGAACUGUAGAAAAAUAAUAGUUGUAGUUUGGCCUAAAGCAAUCACAGAUAUCACUAGGAAAAACUAUGAAAGACACAUUUACAAAACAAAAGUAAGCCCUUUGUGACGUUACAUAUGCAGAUGUGUUUUUGGGAUUCUGCUCUGAUUUCACAAGGCUCAUUUUUUUUGUCUUGACUGCAUGUUAAAAGAAAACACCCAUUAAGUGUGGAACAGGGCGUGCCUGAGCUCUACCUGCAGUAGUGAAGGUCGUGUAGGGGGAUUCAAACAUUUUUCAGAGGGAAAGAGGGGCACUUAAUACGCUACAGGUCAAUUCAGGUGACAAACUUCACAUGUAAUGAUAGCUUUCUAGAAUUCACUGUGAAAUCGCUAAAAAAGACACUGUCUUUGCAAGCACUGUACUCAUUCUAGUCUAAAAAACUAGGCCACGGUACAUUUAUUUAUUGAGUUAGAUAUUUGGAAAAGAAAUCCACCAGAAUGUGUAACUUCGUACGUCAUCAGUCUCCCAUCAGCAUUGUCGCAGCACGUUUUAUGUUAGCAACCAGUUAGAGUGAGGGUGUGACAUUUGUUGUGCAAUGACCUGGUCUGCUGUCAGUGUCCACAGUUUAAAGGGUGUUUUAAGCUACUACAUUGUGAGAGGAUGAUUUGAAAGUACAGCGUAUACACACAUAGGGUGCCUUGCCAUGGCGCAUUUGAAUGUCAGUUCUCUGCAACACUGUCAUAUCUAGGUUUUGUGAAAAUCACUGUGACCACGUUGGUCAGCAUCUCAUUACAUGGUUUGGGGUAAAUCCUUACAUUGAUGUAAUGACCCUCUCUGCUAUUGGGUGCGUGCUGUUAGAAAAACCAGCAUGUUUGAUGAUUCAAUAAUAUCAACUAUGGUCCACUGAAAGCGGAUUGAAUGAACUCAAUAUUAAACUUUAAAUGACGCCAGUACUCCCCUUACGAUUGUCUGCUACCAGAUCUGAAGGAAAAUAUAUGUUUGUUAGGCAGAAGUUAUUUAACUUUAAGCAAUGUCUUUGCUUAUCAGUCUCCUGACCUUUGCUGCUGCGUUGAUAUCAGCAGACAGCAAAUAACUUAAUGUCAAACGGCAGAUUUUUUGGUCUGUUGUAAUUUUCCAUUGGUUAGGACUAUGAUGAGAUAUGUGGACAUAGGAUUUCUGUGUAAAUGUGUGAUGUAUGAACUGUUAUUGAAUAUUUUUUCUGAACAUAAUUUGACCUGGUAUGCAGGUGCUCCAGACCUUCAUCUUACAUGCUGUGUUCUUCCUGCAAUAAUUGACCUAUGGUCUUCCCAGUGUGGACAAUAACAUGAUGCCCAAGAAGGUAGCUCUCUUUUAUUUGUAUUUCUUUAGCCUUCUUUUGGCUGGAUGGUGGACUUUGUGACCAAAUGAUUUAUGAUUUAUUUGUGUGUUUUACAUGUUGAUAUCGGGCUGAUGCAGUGAUACAAUGAUUACUUAAUAGAUUUUGGAUAUUCCACAUGAAACCUGUUUAUUCAGCUUCUUAAAGAUGUCAACAAAUGUCACAUGAGUUCUUGCACAUAGUCAAACAUGAAGUCAGCUACAGUUAACUUCACUGCACUGCGUUUUGCCUGCUAUACAGUAUAAAUUAUAUUGCGUUUUUCCUGUAUAGACCUAAUUCUUAAUGUAUAUAAUUAUGCCUGUAUGGUCACGUGAUUACACUGUGUUAUGUUUGGUGGAUUUUAAUGUGCUGCUCAAUAUUCCUUGAGGGGUUGUACUUGAAUGAUUUGAUUGUAAUGAUUUUUAAUUAAAAAAUGGGGAACAAAUCUGAAA